GCUACAAGCAAAACUUGAAUUGACAGCACACAACUUUCAGCGCUGACAACUCAGCUCCUGGAAAGGAUUAUAGAUAGCCUGUCGUACAACGUUAGCUUUCCUACGGAAUGUGAGAAAUUCUUCAUAUUUCAGCUUGAGCCUGUGUGUUUUAUUUUGGGCGAACUGUGACUUUGGAAUAACUUUUGGAAAACUUUGAAUAACCUCACUGUGCGCGCUGCGGAUACGGAUUUUCACAUUAUGAAACUUUCUCUGAGGAUAUAAAUUAAAGCAUUUAAAACAUUUUUCUGUUUGGUAGAAGGAACUAAGCAAUCGUAUGUUUCAGGAAGAUUUUCAAGAAAAGCUGUUUCGCAAAAAUUAUAGAUUGAAAACUGGGGAAAAAAUGUUCGAAGUGCGUGGUGAUUGAUUCUAAUGUCAGCUGGACUGCAACGAGCGGUCAUAUGAGUUCUUCAUCAUUUUGAAAGCAAAUGUAAGAGAACACCUGUUGUGUAUGGUCUCAAAAACUUUCUCCGGAUAUCUUAUGCUAAAACAAGACAUCCCAAUAUACCGGAGUUUAAAAGGAAAAGAAAUGUAAAACGUGGAUUUUGCUGCUAUGGUGGGGAGUGUUAAAAUGCAGAGACCUGUCCUGCAAUCGCCGCGCUCAGAAUGGCUCGAGAGGACUCGGUAAAGUGCCUACGCUGCUUACUCUUCGCUCUCAAUUUACUCUUCUGGAUAAUGGCCAUCUGUGUGUUGGGCGUGGCGGCAUGGCUCCGGGAUUACCUGAACAAUGUGCUCACCUUGACUGCAGACACCAGGCUGGAAGAAGCUGCAAUUCUCACAUACUCCCCAGUCGUCCACCCAGUCAUCAUCGCUGUGUGCUGUUUUCUAAUCAUCGUAGCCAUGGUGGGGUACUGCGGAACGCUGAAAUGCAAUCUUCUCCUCCUGUCCUGGUACUUUGGCUGCCUGCUGGUGAUCCUCUGUGUGGAGUUGGCCAGUGGAGUUUGGACCUAUGAGGACCCUCCAAUCCUGCGCUCUGACAUGAUCAGUCUGAAGUCCCGGAUGCCCAACUAUGGCUUACCGCGUUACCAGUGGCUGACGCAGGCCUGGAACUUCUUCCAGACAGAGUUUAAGUGCUGCGGGGUCAUUUAUUUCACCGACUGGCUGGAGAUGACGGAGAUGGAGUGGCCACCGGACUCGUGCUGUGCCAGACAGUACCAAGGCUGUGCCCGGCAGGCUCACUACUGGGACCUGAGUGACCUCCACCAAGAGGGCUGUGGUCCAAAGAUUUACAGCUUUAUCCGGGGAACGAAGCAGCUGCAGGUCCUCCGCUUCCUGGGUGUGUCCAUCGGGGUUUCCCAGAUCCUGGCCAUGACCCUGACUUUGACUCUGCUCUGGGCGCUCUACUACGACAGGAGGGCCCCCGAGCCCCCCGAACCCUGUCCGCCCGGGGCCGACUCGCCCCCCUGCGCCCACCCCUCCUGUCAGGUCGACGACACGCCCAAACCCGGCCCGGCCCGGCCCCUUGACCCCGCCUGGACUCCAGUGCUGCCCAACGGGGACACACAGUUCGAGAUGGAGCAGAUCUCGUAGCGCUACGCCCAACGCUAGCCAGAAACUGGGGGCGACUCACAGUGGCCUGUACACAGAGCCACUGCUAUAGAACCCAAGGACAAGCCACCAUAGAAACCAAGGAUACAGUAGAAUGGAGAUCCUGUAGUGCCAGUACAAUAGUAACCCUGGAGGAAACAAGAGAUGCUGGCAUUCACCACCUCUACCAUAAAAAUUGAGGAUACAGUAGAAUGGUUACUCUGCAUAGAGUUGAAACACAGGUUGAAACAGGAGUUGCUGGCAUACCUCUACCAUAGAAACUGUGGAUACGGUAGAGUCAUUGCCCUGUGCUGCUAAUUUAAAAGAAGCACAGGAUGAAACAAGUUGCUGGCAUACACCAGCACUACCACUAAGACUGAGACUACAGUACUGUGGAUACCACAUUGUCUGAACAAAAAAACCCCAAAAAAGAAACAAAAAAACAAGAGUUCCUGGCAGGCAUCACCACCACUACCAUAGAAACAGUAGAGGACACAGUAGAGUCCAAUAACCACAGAAUGCAGGAGGAUGCAACUGAUUAUAUUGUGGCUCCUCUAGGAUCUCUUCCACUACAGACUAUGAGGAAACAGUUCAAGAAUUCAGCACGUGUCUUUCCAAGACUGGUACCAUGGAAAUAGGCUGAAUAAAACAAGCCACUGUCUUAAUCGCUUUACAAUCUUUCCAUGGAGCAUUCUAUUCAUUUUUAAACUGAGCUGCUGUCAAAGCCAAGUUCUUCACCUAAAAAUGAUGAUGAGAAAUACAUUUAAAGACGGGACAUUUCUAUUGCUGAAUCUGUUCAAAGUGUCUUAAUUUAACAGUACUGUGAAAUGCCGAAUGUCCAAGCUUUUGUUCUGCUUUGUUUAAAAUAGCAGAAAGGUCCGUUGCUUAAGGAUCAGAAUGUCUACUGUAUGACGUCAGCUUGUUUAGCAGAAACCCCACUUCAUAGGGAUGUGCUCACUGAAUGCAGCCUUUGUGUGCUUCUGUAUAAUACAAUGUAUUUGACAUUGAGCACAGGUG